AAAAGUGAUAAGUAUAGUGCUUUUAGCAAAAAAAAAAAAAUAAAAAAAAAAAAACAAAAAUUCAAACUAACAAUAUAAAAUUAGUACUUUUUGUACAUACAUAUCUCUUGUAAACGAAACUAUCGCCUUUUAAACCAACAGCUACACUACACACCAUUAAACACACAAUCCUACAUUACAUAUUCAUCUAUUCUAAAUUAAACUAAUGAAAAUCAAUUCCCAAAUCAUCACAAACCCUAGAAACUAGACCAAGCAACAACAACACACAGCUUCUUACUACCUUUUCGCCAACAAGGCGAAUACAUAUUUUUCUGCAUUUGGGUCUAUCAUAAGUUACAAUGGCAGAUGGUCAAGAAUCUGAUAAGAACAUUGAGAUAUGGAAGAUUAAGAAACUGAUCAAGGCGUUAGAAUCUGCAAGAGGCAAUGGUACCAGCAUGAUUUCUCUUAUAAUGCCUCCGCGGGAUCAAAUUUCUCGGGUUACUAAGAUGCUUGGCGAUGAAUUCGGAACUGCUUCCAACAUCAAGAGUAGGGUCAAUCGCCAGUCUGUGUUGGGUGCCAUUACAUCUGCACAGCAAAGGCUGAAGCUUUAUAACAAGGUUCCUCCUAAUGGUCUUGUGCUUUACACUGGGACGAUUGUCACCGAUGAUGGGAAAGAAAAGAAGGUGACAAUUGACUUUGAACCUUUCAAGCCUAUAAAUGCUUCAUUGUACCUUUGUGACAACAAGUUUCAUACCGAAGCUCUUAAUGAACUUUUGGAAUCCGAUGAUAAGUUUGGGUUUAUUGUGAUGGAUGGAAAUGGUACCUUAUUUGGGACAUUAAGUGGAAACACAAGAGAGGUGCUACAUAAGUUCACUGUUGAUUUGCCAAAGAAGCACGGUAGAGGAGGUCAGUCAGCACUUCGGUUUGCUCGUCUUAGGAUGGAAAAGCGACAUAACUAUGUUAGAAAGACUGCUGAGCUUGCCACACAGUUCUACAUCAAUCCUGCUACUAGUCAGCCUAAUGUUUCUGGUCUAAUUCUUGCUGGUUCAGCAGAUUUCAAGACUGAACUGAGCCAAUCUGAUAUGUUCGAUCCUCGUUUGCAGGCAAAGAUAUUGAAUGUGGUUGAUGUUUCUUAUGGGGGUGAGAAUGGUUUCAAUCAAGCUAUUGAGUUAUCUGCUGAAAUUUUGUCCAAUGUAAAGUUUAUUCAGGAGAAGCGCUUGAUUGGAAAGUAUUUCGAGGAGAUCAGUCAGGACACUGGUAAGUAUGUCUUUGGUGUAGAUGACACACUGAAGGCACUCGAAAUGGGUGCUGUAGAAACCCUUAUUGUGUGGGAAAAUCUGGAUAUUAACAGGUAUGUUCUGAAACACAGUACUACCGGUGAGAUUAUCGUGAAGCAUCUGAACAAGGACCAAGAUACUGUCCAGAGCCAUUUCCGUGACGCAGAUACUUCAGCAGAGCUUGAAGUUCAGGAGAAGAUGCCAUUACUUGAGUGGUUUGCCAACGAGUACAAGAGGUUCGGUUGUACACUCGAAUUUGUAACUAACAAAUCUCAGGAAGGAUCACAAUUUUGCAGAGGAUUUGGUGGGAUUGGAGGUAUCCUUCGAUACCAGCUUGACAUGAGAUCAUUCGAUGAGCUAUCAGACGAUGGAGAAGUGUAUGAAGAUUCUGAUUAAGGAACAACUUUUCAAAUUUUGCUUAACAAUAUUGCAGGAUAGUGGUGUGAGAUCCUCUUGCAGGUUUCUUUCUCUAUUAUGUACCUUCGAUCUUUGAUGCUUCACAUUCCGCUUAUAAGUUAGCCACUAAAUCGAUUGCAUAUGAAACUGUUCAUCUUUUUUAUUUGCUAUGUUUUUGUGCUCUUUCAAGGCUAUAUUAUAUGGACCUUUUUCUUUGUAAUGAAAGAGUAUGGUGGAAUAUCCCUCCCUCCUAUGAUUUUUGAUAUCAAACAAAGAGAUAAAGUUUACAUGGUUUUGAGA